GAUGUUUAUUGAACUGUUCUACGAAUAUUUUUUUUGGCAUCGUUUAUGUCAUAUUUUAUAUUUAUAGCGAUAAUACGUAUCGCAAAAAGAUAUUGUUAGACAACAUAUAAUUGUAUAAACUUCAAUAAAUCUUAUCCCAUAUUCUGUGGAAAUGGGUCUGCCUUGCGAUUGGCAAAUCAAUAAACAAAAAAUCUCAGAACGUGGUCAAUAUCUGUUGGAAACAGGACAAUGGUCUGAUUGCAAAUUUAUAGUUGGCCAAGAACCGCAUCAACAAACAUUAAAGGGUCAUAAAUUGUUUCUGGCUAUGUCCAGUCCUGUCUUUGAAGCUAUGUUUUUUGGGGGGAUGGCAGAAAAGAAUGAUCCAAUCGCUAUUCGAGAUGUUCAACCUGAAGCUUUUAAAGCUCUUUUAGAAUAUAUAUAUACAGACCGUGUUGAUUUAGGUUCUUUUGAAUUAGCUUGUGAAUUAUGUUAUUGUGCCAAAAAGUACAUGCUUCCUUCGUUGGUAGAAGAAUGUACAAAAUAUUUGUGGUCUGAUUUAUCUCCAAAAAAGGCUUGCAGAGCGUAUGAAUUUGCUAAAUUGUUCGAAGAACCUGUGCUAAUGGAGAAAUGUCUCUUAAUUAUUUGCUCAAAAACAAAUGAAGUUUUGAAAGAAUCUAGCUGGGAAGAAGUUGAAUUAGCAACAGUAUUAACGGUGUUAGAUCAAGAUGAUUUGCAAAUAAAUUCUGAGAUUGAAUUGUUCACUGCUGUAGAGCAGUGGGCCAAAGCUGAAUGUGCAAGAAAAUCUCUUGAUCCAAGUGAUGGAAAGUUUUUAAAAUCUGUAAUUGGAAAUGCUUUAUCAAAAAUUAGAUUUUUGAGUUUAAGCCCCCAAGAAUUUGCAGAAGGCCCAGGAAUGUCUCCAUUACUUACUCAACAAGAAGCUUUUGCUAUUCUUAUGAAUAUAUUAUGUACUGGAAAUAAAGCACCUAUGCCUGAGGGAUUUUCUACUAAUGCACAUAGUAGAGCCAAACCAGUGAAAGUUCAAAAUUCAAAUAUAGAUUUGUUUAAGUAUAGACGAAUUUCUACUCCACACUCUAGUGGUUCAUACAUACCAGUCUAUUGGUCUUCAUCUGAAUCUAGUAGUACACCUUACACCUUACAAAGUAAACCUCCAACAGUAAUUGAAAGUGGAAUAAGAAAAGAUGCUUUAAAUUUAUCUGUAAACAAUUCAUCUCCAGUUGUAAUCGAAGGGGGCAUUCGGGAGGGACCUAAAUAUUAUUGUUUAAGAUCAUUGCUUCAGCAAACUGAUUGUCUUAAUACAAAUGUAUUAGACUGUUCUGUAACUUUUAGUGUAGAUAAGAAUAUUUGUGUGUUGGGUGUCCAAGUACCUACACAAAUUGCUAGUGUAACUAAUAAUAUGAAUCAUAUUCUUGAUACGUCAUACACGGAAAUUUUAUAUGCUCAUCUUCUUGACUCUGAUGAUACUCGAUUAACUUAUACGCACUUUACAACAAAAGUAAAUAUUAAUACUCUGGUAGAAAUUACAUUUAAUCGACCUGUUUAUAUUCAAAAGAAUAAGGUUUAUAGAGUUGGAGUAGUUUUUAAUAAAGUUGGUUGGUAUCCAAUGGGAGUCUGUACUCAAAGUAUGGCCUGUGAUUCUGUGUUUUUCUCGUUUGGAGUUGGAAAUAGCGCAGAUAGUGUACGAGACGGUCUUAUCCGAUCUAUAGUUUUUACAUACCACUGUUUGGGUACAUAAUAAUAACAAUAAAAUUGGCUAAAAAGAAAAAGUAUUUAAAAUAUGUAAUUAACCAGCAGUUUUUGUAUUCUGCUGUAUGUUUCAUUUUUAGUUCAUUAUGUUAUUUGUCAAACUUUGUCGGUGCUAUCAUCCUCAUUAUAACAUUUUAAACCAAAAAUUGUAAAUUGUAAAAAAGUGCACAUUCGUUUUGAUCAUAAUAAAAGUUAAAUUUAUACAAAACAAGUUUUUUAGCCUAUGUAAAAAUAUUAACAUUUAUUAUGCAAACAAAAACUGAACUUUUAUCACUUAAAUAUUUCUAUUAAAACUUGUAUAUUAAUUUUGUUUCUUCCUCUAUUACUUUCAUUACAUCGAUAUUUUCACUAUAAAUUAUUCAUUUCCGUUCUCUUAAAGAAGAACAAAAACUAUUUUUUUUAUGCAUACGGAUUAUAGUUUCAAGUCAUCAAAUUAUUUUUA